CUUAAAAUAUGUCUUAUCAAAAUAUAACAAACGAGUUAUGUAUAAGAAAAAUGCUUCCAUAAUAUACUCUUUUUCUCCUUGGAUAACAAAGAAGUGUUCAGGAGAUAAGAUGUAAAAAUGCGGAAAGUACAAUAUGAAAAUAAAAAUUACAGUAUUUACAUAUAUAAGUAAUGUUAAAUUAUAAUGAGAAACUGAGGAUUUGUAAGCUUUAAGAGCAAUGUUUCAUAAUGAAGGUAGUGGAGUUGUGGAUGAUGUUAUAGAAGACUCUGACGCAUUGCUGUCGGUCAAGUGCAGAAAUCAGGCGAUCCGGUGAAACAGUGCAUCACAUCUUUGGCAGAACUCUUGGACGGAUAAGACGCUGUGAGCGGUGGAAAUCAGCGAAUCGGACAAUUAGCGGUGCACACCCGAGGAAUUUGAAUGUGUGUUUGGAUGCACUGGCGCAAGUCUCAAGGUGCGUGAGCCAUGGUUAAUGGAUGGGGGAGAGGCACGAAAAGCGAGUUGAAGGGCUUCCAGCCAGUAGACUCCCCAUCCAGUUGCUCAGUGGGUGUUUGAGUGCACUCGAUGGACGAUCGGUGGAUGUGAGACUGUGAGUGCAGCAAGUGCAGUGUUGGCGUAGAAUGAAGUUUGGCAAUUAUAAUUUGGCCACAGCGAGAACGGAAAAGUCAGCACGGAGUCUACUCCUGUUUAGGUUCAGGAAAGUUAAGAAUACGGCCAAUCAGCUCGUUGGACGUUUUCAUCAUAAAAUCGGUACUUUUCGAAAGACACGUAGUGAGUCACCGCUCUCCUUCCGGGCGUCCCUAUUUGAUCGGUCCAAUACAAAAGGCACGGAGAGGGUGGAAAAAUUUUCACCUGCCGACUUUCCCAAGGCACAUUUUGCCGAGGAUAAUCACUAUGUCUUUGGCAGUGACCUGAAGAGACUUGUUCUCAAUCAAAGGCUCCUUGGAAGACGCAAUCCCUCGGCCAUGGAGCACCUGUAUUCGUCUAUAGGACGUCCAGAGGUUGAAGAGGAUAUAGCCUCCAAUCAUGUCAGUACCUGGCGCACAAAUCGCAGCCGGGGGAAAAAGAUCGCACACGCUCAGGUCAGUGGAGAUGCGCGAAAUGUGGAUGCUAGAGCGGCCUUGGAGGCCCAACAAGUUGACGAAGAGCUUGAGUAUCAGGUGUUGAAAGAUUACUUUGAUACCUACUCGUACUCUGAGAUCAUUAAAGAUGCUGACUUCAAGAACUAUCUGAGCAUGAAGAAUUACAAUGACAUCUUGGAGUAUCUGCAGUCGGAAAGCGUGACGGGGAGUGCUAUGAAUACGCUCAAAUCCAGGAAAUCACACUUGGAUGCCACACUGAAUCGCAAUCGUGGCUUGCGUGGGGAUUACCGGACGAUGAAGAAGAAUAGCACGCUCAACAAUUGUGGCAGGAAUAACCAUGCGUAUGAAGAUGUUGAGCUGAGAAAGUAUGCGACGCUGGAGUCUACGGUUACUCGCAGGGGAAGAUAUAAAACCAUGAAUGAGAGUUAUACCCUGCGGCGACAACCUAAACCCAUUCCAAGGGUUAGUCAAGAAGUUCCUCCUGUGGUAAAGGCUAGGGAUGCCAAUAUCAAUGAUCACUACUCGACAUUUCCGACGCAAUCAAAGGUGAAGAAUAAAAACUUCACGCAUAGUUUAAAAAGGAUUAAGAAUGUAUUCAAUACGGACAAACAGAAACUUACGAGUUGUACUAACAAUCAAUCUCCUAAAGAUAAUGUUUACAAAGAGAAUAUAUUUAAGUACCAUGACAAAAAUUGCUCUUACGCCAAAAGCUAUUGCGAAAUAAUAAACUUUUGUCAGGAAUUCUUCACAGAAGCCAGCAGUAGAAAGAAAAAUCUACCAAGUUGUCGAAAGAAGAAAUUUUCUGAAAAUGACUACAAUCGAGUCAUUGCAGGUUUUGUUAAAUCUAAAGGUUACUCAUCGGUUAAAGAAUACGUUGAAAUUAAAUUUGGGAAGAUCUUAGACAAAGCAUUGAAAUCUAAUGAAAUUUUUACAAAAACUAAUCGAGUUCGACGUGCUAAACGCAAUCAUGAGAAUGAACGUAAAGCAAUUCAGAGAUUUCUCUAUGAGGAUAUGUUCAAGACCUUUGACUAUGUCAGUCGUUUCCCACCGAGAUCUGUUUGCAGUAGCUGUGGACAACUCACCAGCAAGGAUGAAUUAUACAGAAAUCCGGAUACAUGCUUCAAUAUCCGAUAUCAAGACAGCAAUAUUAGUGAAACUUUAACAAGAAGGGAGCAGAAAUGGGAGAAUGAUGAGGAUAUUCCAGAGUUUCAUUACAAUUUAAACUACCAACCAGAGGAUACUCGCCAUAAAAGAUCUCAACAACCGGUACAUGAGUGGCAUAUGCCUGAUAGUUUAGAGGACACUUCCGAGACCCUAUGUUCCAGUGAUUUACCCGUAAAUCCCUAUUCUUAAAACCCUAUAUUCAGGGCCGGAUUUAGAAAUGUGGAGGCCCAAUGCCCAUUUGUGGGGACCCCAAAAAUCGCAACUUUAAAAUUUUAUAUAAUAUAUAUUAUUAUUCAAUGCUACAGGUAAAUUUAAGCAACUUUAAGUUUACGUGAGACCUACGACUUUACUUUUACUACUCGAAACGACUCGAA